UAUAAAUACAACAUAACCGGAGCUCUGAGCAUUCCGAUCUCCCUCAAAGCGAACACAGAGGAAAAAGAAAAGCGAAGGAAAAUAAAAUUAAUCAGACUUGAAAUUCACCCUAAUUCAGUUUUCAGUGGCAAAAACAACAAUGGGGCACGGUGAUAAAGGCCGACCCAGUAAAAAGCUCAAAUUUUCUGCCAAGGAAAUCACACACCUGGAUGACGAAGACGCAUAUUUCGGUGGCGAAGAUAUCGACGAAGAUGUUCGAGAUGGUGAAGGGAAAAAGAGGGACUUUACCAAGUUAGAAUUGAAACCGGACCACAUCAAUCGGCCUUUAUGGGCUUGCGCUGAUGGCCGAAUUUUCCUCGAAACUUUCUCACCUUUGUACAAACAAGCAUAUGAUUUUCUCAUUGCCAUUGCAGAACCCGUUUGCAGGCCAGAAUCGAUGCAUGAGUACAAUUUGACCCCGCACUCGUUGUAUGCCGCUGUGUCAGUUGGUCUUGAAACGGAAACCAUCAUUUCUGUUUUGAAUAAGUUGUCAAAGACCAAGCUUCCCAAAGAAAUGAUUGAUUUCAUACAUGGUUCUACUGCCAAUUACGGCAAAGUGAAGCUUGUGCUUAAGAAGAAUCGGUACCUUGUCGAAUCCCCAUUCCCAGAGGUAUUGAAGACAUUGCUUAAGGACGAAGUUAUAUCUAAAUCAAGGAUUAUCUCUGAGGGUUCUCGUGGAAGUGAUGGAUUUACGAUUAGCAAAACAAUGGGUGAAAUUGGAGCUGGUCCCAGUGAUUUGCUAAAUGAAGCAGAAUUGGCAGCUGCGGCUGAAGAAAAAGAAACUCAUGCAUUUGAAGUCGAUCCUACACAGGUUGAAAAUGUUAAGGAACGUUGCCUGCCUAAUGCUUUGAAUUAUCCCAUGUUGGAGGAGUAUGACUUCAGAAAUGAUACUGUUAACCCUGAUCUUGAUAUGGAACUGAAGCCUCAAGCGCAACCACGACCAUAUCAGGAGAAGAGCUUGAGUAAAAUGUUUGGGAACGGGAGAGCAAGAUCUGGAAUUAUUGUGCUACCCUGUGGUGCCGGAAAAUCUCUAGUUGGUGUUUCUGCAGCUUCCCGAAUAAGAAAGAGCUGCCUUUGUUUAGCAACAAAUGCUGUUUCUGUUGAUCAGUGGGCUUUUCAGUUCAAGUUGUGGUCUACCAUCCGUGAUGAGCAAAUUUGUCGUUUCACAUCUGAUAGUAAAGAAAGGUUCCGUGGAAAUGCCGGGGUGGUUGUGACAACAUAUAACAUGGUUGCCUUUGGUGGCAAGAGGUCGGAAGAAUCUGAAAAGAUUAUUGAAGAAAUAAGAAAUAGAGAAUGGGGAUUGCUUCUCAUGGAUGAGGUACACGUUGUUCCUGCUCAAAUGUUUCGAAAGGUCAUUAGCCUUACUAAGUCUCACUGCAAGCUGGGUCUCACUGCCACACUUGUGAGAGAGGAUGAGAGGAUCACAGAUCUGAACUUCCUUAUUGGUCCAAAAUUGUAUGAAGCAAACUGGUUGGAUUUGGUAAAAGGUGGAUUUAUUGCAAAUGUACAGUGCGCUGAAGUAUGGUGUCCAAUGACAAAAGAGUUCUUUGCGCAAUAUUUGAAGAAAGAGAACUCCAAGAAAAAGCAGGCACUUUAUGUGAUGAACCCAAAUAAGUUCAGGGCAUGCGAGUUUCUUAUUCGGUUUCAUGAACAGCAACGUGGCGACAAAAUUAUUGUCUUUGCUGACAAUCUUUUUGCUCUCGUGGAAUAUGCAAUGAAACUUCGGAAACCUAUGAUCUAUGGUGCCACCAGCCAUGUUGAGAGGACAAAAAUCCUAGAAGCUUUCAAAACAAGUCGGGAUGUAAACACUAUAUUUUUGUCUAAGGUAGGUGAUAAUUCCAUAGACAUUCCGGAGGCAAAUGUGAUAAUUCAGAUAUCAUCACAUGCUGGUUCAAGGCGUCAAGAAGCGCAGCGUCUUGGUCGUAUUCUAAGGGCAAAGGGUAAACUUCAGGAUCGGAUGGCAGGGGGUAAAGAGGAGUACAAUGCAUUCUUUUAUUCCCUCGUGUCAAUGGAUACACAGGAGAUGUACUAUUCGACUAAACGACAGCAGUUUUUGAUUGACCAAGGUUAUAGUUUCAAGGUUAUUACAGGCUUGCCCCCACCUGAUUCUGGUCCUGAGUUGAACUACCACAGUCUUGAUGACCAACUGGCACUACUCACAAAGGUGUUGAGUGCUGGUGAUGAGGCAGUUGGCUUAGAGCAACUAGAAGAAGAUGCUGAUGACAUUGCCCUUCAUAAAGCCCGUCGGUUUGGUGGAUCCAUGAGUGCUAUGUCAGGUGCAAAUGGGAUGGUUUACAUGGAAUACAGUACUGGGAGACACAAACUUGGCAAAGGCCAGAUGAAGAGUAAGCCCAAGGAUCCGGCCAAGCGACAUCAUUUGUUUAAAAGACGGUUUGGGUGAGAACAGAACAAAUAGAGGAAUGAAGAUAAACAAAAUCUGAGGCUGAUGCUUCUAUUCUUACAAAUAUUAUGAGCUGGAAUUCUGUAUAAAAUUCAGAUUUGCAGCUAUACACAUAAAACGCUGGUGUUGUACAUACUUUGAUGUUGGUGAUGAACAAUCCAUGAUCCAGUUCUUUUAAUUCUUGCACUAACUGAAAGAAAAUCCUUCGGGGAAUUUGUAUCGAUAAGAAAAAUCCACCUGAGUGGUGGAAUGUGCUUGUACUCCGGCUUUAUAUGGAGAUUCUCUGCCGAAGAAGAUGGAUAAGCUUAACGAUAUGCUCACACACUUUUACAGCUCCUGUAAGAAUUUUUGAGAAACAAGUUCUGGUACUAAUUCGGAAGGGAAUUUGUAGGCCCAAAAAUAUGAGAGAAACAAGUUGCAUCUCUUUUGAAACGGCGACGUUGGCUCAUUUCUUUUAUGUUGAAGUACAAAAAAUGAAAAACUGCAACUAGGGGAGAAAUCGUUUUACCAUUUUCCUCUUUCGUGUACAGAGCUAUGUUAUCACAAAAUUGAUGAGAAAAUUAUGUAGUA